ACUUCCGGAGGCCUAGCGCCAGGCUCUAGAGUUUUCCGGUAGGCGGCGCGGGAGGAAAAAGAGGCUUGAGGGGCCGGGCCGGGCGGAUCCCCUCCUUCCCCAAUGUGAGCAGUGUGCCGAGCCCCCGUCAGGCGAAGGCUGGCCAGAGUGGUGGAGCCGGUGGCCGGGUCGGGAACAUGAGGCAGUGUCUCCUUUUACUGACCAGCUUGGUUCCUUUCGUACUGGCUCUGCGACCUCCGGACAAGCCGGGCUUCGGCCCCCCUCAGCGACUCGAAAAGCUUGAUUCUUUGCUCUCAGACUACGACAUCCUCUCUUUAUCCAAUAUCCAACAGCACUCCGUAAGAAAAAGGGAUCUGCAGGCCUCAACACAUUUAGAAACACUACUGACUUUUUCAGCCUUGAAAAGGCAUUUUAAAUUAUACCUGACAUCAAGUACUGAACGCUUUUCCCAGAAUUUCAAAGUCAUGGUGGUAGAUGGUAAAGAUGAAAGCGAGUACGCCGUCAAGUGGCAGGACUUCUUCAGGGGACACGUGGUUGGUGAGCCUGACUCGAGGGUUCUAGCCCACAUAGGAGAUGAUGAUAUUACAAUAAGAAUCAACACAGAUGGGGCAGAGUAUAAUAUAGAGCCACUUUGGAGACUAAUUAAUGACACUAAAGACAAAAGAAUGUUAGUUUAUAAAUCUGAAGAUAUCAAGAAUGUUUCACGUUUGCAGUCUCCAAAAGUGUGUGGUUAUAUCAAGGCGGAUAAUGAAGAGUUGCUUCCAAAAGGGCUAGUAGACGGAGAGCCACCUGAUGAGCUUGUUCAUCGGGUGAAGAGAAGAGCUGACCCUAAUCCCAUGAAGAACACGUGUAAAUUAUUGGUGGUAGCAGAUCAUCGCUUUUACAAAUACAUGGGCAGAGGGGAAGAGAGUACAACUACAAAUUACCUAAUAGAGCUAAUUGACAGAGUUGACGACAUCUAUCGGAACACUUCAUGGGACAAUGCAGGUUUUAAAGGUUAUGGAAUACAGAUAGAGCAGAUUCGCAUUCUCAAGUCUCCACAAGAGGUAAAACCUGGUGAAAGGCACUACAAUAUGGCGAAAAGUUAUCCAAAUGAAGAAAAGGAUGCUUGGGAUGUGAAGAUGUUGCUAGAGCAAUUUAGCUUUGAUAUAGCUGAAGAAGCAUCUAAAGUCUGCCUAGCACAUCUUUUCACCUAUCAAGAUUUUGAUAUGGGAACUCUUGGAUUAGCUUAUGUUGGUUCUCCCAGAGCAAACAGUCAUGGAGGUGUUUGUCCAAAGGCUUAUUAUAGUCCAAUUGGAAAGAAAAAUAUCUAUUUGAAUAGUGGUUUGACCAGCACAAAAAAUUAUGGUAAAACCAUCCUUACAAAGGAAGCUGACCUGGUUACAACUCAUGAAUUGGGGCACAAUUUUGGAGCAGAACAUGAUCCGGAUGGUCUAGCAGAAUGUGCCCCAAAUGAGGACCAGGGAGGAAAAUAUGUUAUGUAUCCCAUAGCUGUGAGUGGAGAUCAUGAGAACAAUAAGAUGUUUUCAAACUGCAGUAAACAGUCCAUCUAUAAGACCAUUGCAAGUAAGGCCCAGGAGUGUUUUCAAGAACGCAGCAACAAAGUGUGUGGGAACUCCAGGGUGGAUGAAGGAGAGGAAUGUGAUCCUGGCAUCAUGUACCUGAACAACGACACCUGCUGCAACAGUGACUGCACGCUGAAGCCGGGCGUGCGGUGCAGUGAUAGAAACAGUCCUUGCUGUAAAAACUGUCAGUUCGAAACUGCCCAGAAGAAGUGCCAGGAGGCUAUUAACGCUACCUGCAAAGGCGUGUCUUACUGCACAGGGAACAGCAGUGAAUGCCCCCCUCCCGGAAAUGCUGCAGAUGACACGGUGUGCUUGGAUCUCGGCAAGUGUAAAGAUGGGAAGUGCAUUCCCUUCUGUGAGAGGGAGCAGCGGCUGGAGUCCUGUGCAUGUAACGAAACUGACAACUCGUGCAAGGUGUGCUGCAGGGACCCCUCAGGCCGCUGUGUACCCUACGUCAAUGCUGAACAGAAGAACCUGUUUUUGAGGAAAGGAAAGCCUUGUACAGUAGGAUUUUGUGACAUGAAUGGCAAAUGUGAGAAACGAGUACAGGAUGUCAUCGAGCGAUUUUGGGACUUCAUUGACCAGCUGAGCAUCAAUACUUUUGGGAAGUUUUUAGCAGACAACAUCGUAGGUUCCGUCCUGGUUUUCUCCUUGAUAUUUUGGAUUCCUUUCAGCAUUCUUGUCCAUUGUGUGGAUAAGAAACUGGAUAAGCAGUAUGAAUCUCUGUCUCUGUUUCACCCCAGUAAUGUUGAAAUGCUAAGCAGCAUGGAUUCAGCCUCGGUUCGCAUCAUCAAGCCCUUUCCUGCCCCCCAGACCCCAGGCCGCCUGCAGCUCCUGCAGCCCACCCCUGUGCUGCCUUCGGUGCCUGUGGCUCCGAAACUGGACCACCAGCGGAUGGACACCAUCCAGGAAGACCCCAGCACAGACUCGCAUGUGGAUGAGGAUGGCUUUGAGAAGGACCCCUUCCCAAAUAGCAGCACAGCUGCCAAGUCGUUUGAGGACCUCACGGACCAUCCGGUGACGAGAAGUGAAAAGGCCUCAUCCUUUAAGUUGCAGCGUCAGAAUCGUGUUGACAGCAAAGAAACUGAGUGCUAGUUUAGGGAGUUAUGUUCUAAGCUCUGUGACUCAAGUGUGCAAAACAUUUUUAUAGAUUUGACCUAAAAUCACUGCAUAUACUUUGUGAAGAUUUGGGAGAAAUAAGGAAGUGACUUCACAGCAGAUGCUGGUCAUGUGUUCGGACCUUCCUUCACAUAUGUAAUACUUGUGGUUAGGCCUUUUUCCUUUUGGAGAGGUAAGGUGGAAUCUAGCUUAUUUUGAGGCUUUCAGGUUUUAGUUUUUUUGAUCUUUAAAAUAUCCUUCAACCUGUGGUGCAAAAGCAGAAAAUACAGCUGGAUUAGGUUAUGAAUAUUUACGUUUUUGUAAAUUAACCUUUUAUAUUGAUAACAGCACUGAUUAGGGAGAUGAUCAAUUUUUUCUUUUUUAUACACUGUAAUCCGCUGAAUAUGAGGAGGCAUUUAGCAGUUACUUGUGAGGACAACUGGAACACAGAUUUAUUUAUUUUUUGC